GGUUAUAAUAAAAUCAGACCUCUACAAAGGGAUUGGAAAAAAUUGGAGUACUUUUGUAGUAUUGUAGUCAGUAAAGCUACCUUAAAAAAAAAAAAAAAAAAGACAGAUCUUGAAUUGCAUUGAGGAUAUCUUACUCCCCACUGCCAGUCACUUCACUUAUUUUAGUCAAAAGCAAAUGGGAACCUUUCUUCGUAAGGUUGUUUUAAAUUCCUUCAAUAUCCUGCUCCUCUUGAGUGUGAGUGUAACCCAAGAGCAACUCCUCCUAAUCCGAGCUGAAUAAAAUCUCUGUUAAUCUGUGUGCUGGAUGGGGGAGCAGCACUAUGGACUGUUUGUAAUCUGUUGGUAAUGUAGCAAUCCUCAUUGCUACUGCUCAUGAAGCCCUCUUGGGUGCUGAAGACCUUCAGCUGGAUAUUUUAGAAAACACCACCAAAUCUUAACUACUGUGACUUUUGGUUGUCAUUAACUUGCAGGCCUAAAAUGAACCUGCAUUGUUCACAUUACAGUGAAUUUGAUUGAGCGCUGAAUGUAUAGUACAGUAUAACACUAUGUAAUGUAACCACUUUUCCUUACAUUACUGAAGAGGUUUUAAAGAAUGCUGCUCACAACUUGUUAAUACAGUUUGGAUUUUGAGCCUUUAUUCCGUGAUUGAAUUGACCUGUUCAUGUGGGUAUGCUUUAAGAUCCUAUCACCUCCCAGUGUUGACUUUGAAAUAUCUGUUUUAUUUUGCAGGAAAGUGACGUUGGUGAUGGUUGGACUAGACAAUGCUGGCAAAACUGCAACUGUAAGAAGCAUUCAGGGAGAAAAUCCCAAAGAUGUCGCUCCGACUGUUGGGUUUUCUAAAAUCAACCUGAAACAGGGAAAGUUUGAGGUGACCAUUUUCGACCUGGGCGGUGGGAAGAGAAUCCGAGGCAUCUGGAAGAAUUACUACUCCGAAUCUUAUGGGGUAAUCUUCGUCGUGGACUCCAGUGACAUGGAGCGAAUCGAGGAGACCAAAGAGGCGAUGUCCGAGGUCCUGAGGCACCCCCGCGUAUCAGGAAAGCCAGUCCUAGUGCUGGCCAAUAAACAGGACAGAGAUGGGGCACUAGCUAAAGCAGACAUCAUUGAGUACCUGGCCCUGAGAAAGCUUGUUAAUGAAAACAAGUGCUUGUGUCAAAUUGAGCCAUGUUCAGCAGUUCGUGGGUAUGGAAAAAAAAAAGAUAAAUCCAUAAGAAAAGGUCUCAGCUGGCUGUUGAACAAUGUGGCAAAGGAUUUCGAGGCUUUAAGUAAGCGGGUGCAGAAAGACACGGCAGAGCAGAAAGCACAGGAGGACCAGGAGAAAAGGGAGAGAGCCGAGCGAGUGCGACAGGCUCGAGAGGAAAGGGAGGAGGGAGAACAAGAAGAGGCUGAGGGAGAGGAUCCUGAGGCUGGCACCAUGGUUAACCCUUUUCAGCCCUUAAACAAUGUCAUUACACAGAAUGAAGAAAAAAUGAAAGGGGACAAGGAAAAGAAGAAAGAGCAGCCUGAAAGCAAGUCUGGCGCAAUACCACUGCAGCCCACUCAGGGUGCUGAGGAUAUGGAGACUGGGAGCAACCCUGGCAGAGAGCUGAGCAACAGUGGGAUAGUCCACAACUACAUCACCGCUCUCAACCAGCAGCUAGAGGGAGAGGAGGAGGAGGAGGAGGAGGAGGAGAGUGAGCGCCAGACCCCAGACAGCGUAGACUCGGCCAAAAAGAAGUCCAAGUCAAAGCUGAGACUAAAGAGGAGGCACAAGGUUGAACCAGCCAGCAUGGACGAUGCUGUCCCUGAGAGCCCAACACCACCCCAGCCUCCCGUUGGCUGGGGUACCCCCAAAGUUAAUAGACUUCCUAAACUUGAACCACUGGGGGAUACAAAACUUUCUGAUUUUUAUGGUAAGCCUCUCCCUCCCGUGUCAGUCAGGCAGAGACCGAACAGUGAUGCUCAUGAUGUCAUUUCUUAACCGCUAUCCCAGCAAGGAGUUCAUGUGCACCAACAGAAAACUUUCUUUUAAGUCAGAGAAAAGUGUUGGCUGUUUAUCACAGACACACACUUAUUGAAGCAGUGCUACAAUGAGAUACGCUACAUCACCAAGUCAAUUCAAUGCACACAGCUACCACUACAGACUUGAUGCUGCUGCUGUUGCCGCUGCUUCAUAUUGAUUUUGAAAGAGGAGGAAGCAGUAUUUCAGAGGAUAGAACCAGUAUGCUAUGUGACUAUGGUUACAGUACAAUCAUGAACUUGCACUCAAAUGUGACCUUCAUACAUUUCAGGAAAAUGUGGAAAACAGACUUCUACAGUUCGUACUGUAAUAUCUGGAAUGGUCUGUGUGGUUUUUAGUCAGUAUAGACGAAUUGUCAUUCAUGUCCUCUGAAUGGCAAGAAGCAUGCAGGCAACAACCUUGGGACCAUCAUUUUAUGAUUAUCCUUUUUUUCCUACUUAAAAUCAGUGUUUGUACAGCAUUUGUAAAGAUUUUGUGGUUGCUGUCUUUUGUACAGUUUUAAAAGCAUGCGUACAAUGGGUUAUUUACAAAGCUUUAGUGGGUUACAUCCAGUGUGAUGCAAAUGAUCAGGGUUAUUCAGAAUGUGUACAAACUUACCAUAAUGCUACAAUUAUCUUAAUUCGUACAUCUCAGUACAGUAAAAGUGUCCAUCUCACUACAGUAUGUCAAUUUGUACUAGUCUUGAAAUACUGGUCUGGGUUUAGUAGAAUUGGUCCUGUUAUUUGCAGCAUGCCCACAUUACUAUUGGCAAUUUCUGUACAUGCAGUGGCUUUUAAUUGUCCUUGGUUUGUUGUUAAACGUUGUUGAUUUGAGAUGGGCACCAUGAAGUAGGAUGAGAUGCGUAGGAGUGCCAGCAGGUGUCAUUAACAGGAAUGAAUCCAUGCGUAGUCUGCAGAACCGACGUACCACUGUGCUGUGACAGUCUCUUGGAAAAGUACUGUAAUUGAACAUUCAGUUUCAGAAGCUUUUUUCCAACAAAUUUUACCCAUUGUCUUAAUAGAAAUAGCAUUAUUUUAAGUUUGCCCACAUUUACAAAUCGCACUAUAGUAUUAUCCCUGGAUUUAAUCAUCUGUCAGGAAACAAAUUUGAACGUCAGUUUUCUAAUAUCAUAUCCCCAGAGAUAGGAACAACAAUACAGCAGGUAGUGAAUUGAAUGAUGUCUGUGGGAACUGGUGAAGCAUUUUGAAGUACUGGGCUAAACAGUAUGUUUGUCUUAUGAGCCCAAUGUGUUAUCCCACAUAAACUCUAAAAUAUAUAUUAUUUAACAGCUGGUUUGUGUUUAAAAGUUGAUACCCAGUGAAGUAAUCCUUCGAUGGUUUACAGAAGUGUGUGCAUGUAAAAUAUGACAUGCCUCUCUCUAACGUUUACAAUCAACUUUAAUAUUACUGUGCUCUUUGGUCUCCUUCAAAAACUGAAUAUGAAAGUACCAUACACUAGUGAAGCAAUUUUAACACUGCAUUUUUGUCUCGCUUUUUUUAGGGACAUUAUAUGGAUGCUUUGUAACUAACUACCUUAUAUGCUACAUGCAUUUGUUAACUUACACAAAGAACAAUUUUAUUUGACUGUAACCCAAAUACUUUAUACCAGUGUGCAAAAUAUAUUCUCCACAUUUUUUUGUAUGCUUGAUAUGAUCUUGUUGCUUCAUAGUAAAUUAUUGUGUUAAAUACAUGCUUGAUUUGAAACAAGAA